CGCAUUGCGGCAAGAUGACCCACGACAACGAGUUCCUCGAGGGCCUGGUGAAGAGCGGGAUGAUGAUCCUGCUCAGCGAGAUUGGCGACAAGACCUUCUUCAUCGCCGCCAUCAUGGCCAUGCGCCACUCGCGCCUCACGGUCUUCAGCGGCGCCAUCGGAGCCCUCGGAGUGAUGACCGCGCUCUCCGCGGCGAUGGGAUGGGCCGCCCCGAACCUGAUAUCCAAGGAGAUCACCCACUACCUCGCCGUCGGCCUCUUCUUCUUCUUCGGCGGCCGGUCGCUGUACGAGUCCGUCGUCGCGUGGGACGGCGGCGGCGACGAACUCGCCGAGGUUGAAGCCGAGCUCGCGGACGAGGACGAGAAGAAGAAGAAGGGCAAGAAGGGCAAGAAGGACGCGAGCUCGUUUCUCCUAUCGCCGGUGCUCGUCGAGACGUUCGUGAUCACGUUCCUCGCGGAGUGGGGCGAUCGGUCGCAGAUUGCGACGAUCGGGCUCGCGGCUUCGAGCGACCCGGUUGGCGUGACCAUCGGCGGGAUCGCGGGACACGCGGUGUGCACCGGCGCGGCCGUGAUUGGCGGCCGGCACAUGGCCGAGCACAUCUCCGAGAGGGCGGUGGCCAUCGCGGGCGGCGUGCUGUUCUGCCUUUUCGGGGCGCACUCGCUCGUGACGGGGUUGGAGGAGUGAGUAGCUCAAUUGUCAAUUCAUCACUUCAGUGCACAGUCG